AUGUCGUCGCUCUUCGGAUCCGGCUUCGGCCAAAACACCCAAGCCAACAAGCCCGCUGGCGGCGGCCUGUUUGGCAACCUUGGAGGAGGAGCUACCAGCUCAGCCGCCGGACAAACAAGCGGAGGCCUGUUUGGCGGCGCGGCCGCCGCCACGUCGCAGCCGCAGCCGGGCCCAAGUCUCUUCGGAAACGCUGGCGCUGCGAAGACCACUGCGCCGGCAUCUGGGGGCCUCUUUGGAUCUACUCUCGCCGGCGCCCAACCCCAGCAGCCGCAAAACACAGGCGGAGGCCUGUUUGGUGGGCUCGGUACCUCCACCGCGCAGCCAGCACAGCAACAGCAGCCGCAGCAGCCUAACCCGCAAGGCCAGCCGCAGCAGCAGCCAAAUUCGCUUUCGCAGUCUCAGGCUGCCACGGGCCAGACCGCGUACUUCGACCACCUUCUCGAGCGCAGCAGGAAGAGAGCGGCGCAGGAGAAUGGAACCUCGGCCUUUGGCGACCUUCCCAGCUUGCAGCUCGGACUCGGCGACAUUGCGAGGAAGGUUAGGAACCUUGGUCAGGGUGGUCCUUCUGCGCCGCUAGCGCGCGACAGCAAGGCUCACUACCUCCUCGCCGCCUCCGGCGUCAACACAAGCUCCGCCCUGAAAGAUCUCAACCAAUUCAGUGUGCAAGCCGGCGUCAACGCGCAGGCCGCCGUUCCCAGCUCUGUCGAUGUCGACAUCGACGCUUACAUCUCGAAUCUCCAUUCUCAAUCCACUCUGGCAAUGAUUGCGGAAGGCCUGGAGCAGUCCAAGAAAGACUUUGAUAACUUCCUCGAGGACAACAUUCAAAUGGAGUGGGAUGCGCAGCGCAAGCGAAUCUACGAGCACUUCGGUCUUGGUCGUCAAGUGGAGAACCUAGAGGCAAGCGUGAGCGCUAUCGGUGCUCCGGUGGAACGGGGAGCUUUCGGCCGCUCGAAGCGCAAGGGUCGUGGCUUUGGUGCUUCUGCUAGUGUUGCAGGCGUGACCUUUAGUGCUUCAGUCAUGAACAAGUCCGUCAUUGGCGCGCCUUCAGCUGUUGGAGGCGGACGCGCGAAUGGCUUCGCAGAUAGCAAUGGCCCCAGCUCUGCAACCCCCGUCCCUGAGAGUCGCUUCAUGAGGGACAAGCAGGAGAAGUACGCGGCAAAAGUCAAGGAUCUGAAUAUCUCGCGCUUGGAAGAACGGCCAUACCCAGUCAUGACUGAGUUUGCUGAGAUCGAGAAGCUGGCGCCCACUGACAACUCGAACCGUCUGAUAGAUUCUUACAAUGCCCUUGUCGAGAUCAUUGGAGAGAGGUUGCCCGACGACUCUACCAGAGAUCCCCCGCCAAGGGAACGCCAAUUUGCUCAAGACUACUUGGACGAGACGCCGUCUUCUGGAAGAAGCAUCGCAAUGCGCAAGCGCAUCCUGGAUGGCGCCCGGAGGUUUCUGGAAAAGAAGUUCUUGGCCGACAUUAAGGAAAUGAACGCGAAGAACCCCACAGAGUCCAUGGUUGGAGGCGAGCCGACCCAAAUCAGCCAAGUCCGCGGCUUCAUCAGAUUACUCGUGGCCAGGAAAGAGCUUGCAGCAGACAGCAUCGAACUUCAGAGUGUUGGUGAGGACUUCUGCUGGGCUCUCAUCUUCUACUUGCUUCGUGCAGGCCUCCUGAGGGAAGCUCUUGACUAUGUUGCCGAGAAUGAGCGUGCAAUCCGGAGCCUGGACCGCAACUUUCCCUCGUACCUUGCCGCUUUUGUAAACAGCGACGACAGGAGGCUGCCUCCGGAGCUACAGACCCGCAUCAACGCUGAGUACCAGAACCGCAUGCGCCUUGCUCCCGAAAACUCUUUGGACCCCUACCGCAUGGCGUGCUACAAGGUCGUCGGGCGUUGCGAGCUCAGCCGAACUACUCUUGAAGGAAUCAGCAAGGGCAUGGAAGACUGGGCGUGGUUGCAGUUCAGUUUGGCCAGGGAAGUCAACCGCGCUGAGGAGGCUGCCGGCGAGACGUUUGCUCUCGACAACAUCAGGAGCACCGUUGCGGACAUCGCCCAGAGGCAUUUCCAAGGCUCGGAUGCCAAUGCCCAGUACGGUGUGUGCUUCUUGUUACACAUGCUCGCGGGCAUGUUCGAGGAGGGUGUCAACUUCCUCUACCAGCAGAGCUACACCACGGCGGUGCACUUUGCAAUCGGCCUGUCUUACUAUGGUCUGUUGAGGGUUGCCGACUUCUUCACGGCUGGAAACGAUAUCAUGUCCUUCUCCACUCGAUCGAAGCCUCAGAUCAACUUCUGCCGCAUCAUCGGUCACUACACGCGGGAUUUCCGUGCAGCGAAAGCCGAAGCCGCGGCUGACUACCUCGUCCUCCUUAACCUCAACUCCGACCUCGAUGGCCAACUCGGCCAAUCACAAGCAGCAUGCUGCCAUGAAGCUUUACGCGAGCUGGUACUCGAGACCCGCGAGUUCGCCUUGCUCCUUGGUGACAUCCGCUCUGACGGUACUCGCAUCACCGGCGUGAUUGAGUACCGCCUUCGCCUUAUCGGGCUGUCCGAUCAAGAAGAGUUCCUCAAGAACAUUACCCUGCAGGCUGCCGCGGUGGCCGAUGAGGCCGGUCGCACCACUGACGCUGUGCUCCUGUACCACUUGGCCGAGGACUACGACAGUGUGAUCGCGAUCGUCAACCGUGCUCUGUCCGACGCUCUCGCCGUCGACAUUGGCCAGAAGCCACACAGGUUGGAACCUCUAAAGCCACGCGCGGCAGCGAAGCGUCCCGAAGACGAGGCCGUUGGCAGUCUCAGCCUGACGGCAGUCGAUGACCCGGCGCAGCUGGCAAUGAACAUGAACAACCUGUACAGUGCAAACGCGCUCAUGUACAACAAGGUGAAGCAGUCAAACCGCACAGCCUUGACCAUGCUGCUGCAGGUGUCUAUUGCGAAGAACCUUGUCGAGCAGGGUCACUGGGCCGGCGCUUUGGAUGCUAUCCACGAAACCACCCUCCUCCCCACCGGCAAGCAGUCCAACAUGCAGGAGAUUCGUCGGCAUGCGCAGACGUUCAACGGUCUGCCGCCAGUUGUCGCCCGCCUCAUUGGUCACUUGCUCAUGUGGACGAUCAUCUGCUGUGGCCGCCGACGUGAGGAGCUGCGCCAGGCGAGCUUCGAGGCUACAGCUGCCAACAGGAACGUUGUUGAACAGCUCGAGACGACCGCGAGGGACAUGAUGGUAUUUGCAGGUUUGGUCAGGUAUAAGCUGCCGCCGAGGGUAUUUGAGGCAUUGGCGAGGGCAGGGCAGGAGAUUGGUGCCUAA